GAGCCCAGGCGAAGCACAGCCACACGGUUACAUGAGACCGAAUGCCAGCUUCAUUGAAAAAGCUCUGUUAUCGAGAGUAGAGACAGGAGGGACAGACGUUUUCAGUGUGCAGACACACAAAUAACAACACGCAGAAAGCUCUGGGGAACUCGGCGAAAGGGACAUUUUCACAGCCUCAAGAACCUCGGUAGGAGAAAGCAGAAGACACAUCGUUUUAAAAGAUAAAUCAAGCGCAGUGGACACAGCGGGACUAGAUUAUUCAUUCCGAUAACUUCUAUAAGGGCAACCGCCGUAUAUUUUUGUUUUAUUUUUCCUUUCAUUUACUUUUUUCUUUAUUUUAUCACCUGUCCUCAGAAAAGCUUACAACCAGACGGAGUUGAAUUGCAGUGCAGUGCGUAAAGAAAUUGAACGCAACAGCAGGAGACAGAACAGCUCACCGCAUUUAGCCUACCAGCAAAAUACAGUAUAUAUUUUUUUUUCCCCAUCCUUGGUUCUGCUUGGAGCUGAUUUUUGUUAAUUUUUUGGAAUAUGGUUGGGGAAAUGGAAACGAAGGAGAAACCGAAGCCUACCCCAGACUAUCUCAUGCAGCUCAUGAAUGAUAAGAAACUGAUGAGCAGCCUACCCAACUUCUGCGGAAUUUUUAAUCACCUCGAACGGCUGCUUGAUGAAGAGAUCAGCCGGGUACGGAAGGACAUGUACAACGACACGCUAAACGGCAGCACAGAGAAGCGGAGCAGUGAGCUCCCAGACGCAGUGGGCCCCAUGGUGCAGCUCCAGGAGAAACUAUUUGUGCCUGUGAAAGAGUACCCCGAUUUUAACUUUGUGGGCCGUAUCCUGGGACCACGGGGGCUGACAGCCAAGCAGCUGGAGGCAGAGACAGGAUGUAAAAUCAUGGUGCGUGGAAAAGGCUCCAUGAGGGACAAGAAGAAGGAAGAGCAGAACCGCGGCAAGCCCAACUGGGAGCACCUCAACGAGGACCUGCAUGUCCUGAUCACGGUGGAGGACGCACAGAACCGCGCCGAGAUCAAGCUGAAGAGGGCCGUGGAGGAGGUCAACAAACUACUGGUGCCUGCGGCGGAGGGAGAGGACAGCCUGAAGAAGAUGCAGCUGAUGGAGCUGGCCAUCCUCAACGGCACCUACCGAGACGCCAACAUCAAGUCACCUGCCCUUGCCUUCUCUCUUGCAGCGAACGCCCAGGCGCCCCGCAUCAUCGCCGGCCCCGCCGCCAUGUCCCAGAACGCCCUGCGCACGUCCACCCCGGCCGGCCCCACCCUAAUGCCCCUGAUCCGACAGAUCCAGACCUGCAUGCCCAACGGCUCGCCCCACCCGGGCGUCAUGACCCAGGGUCCCGAGUCGGGCCUCAUAUACGCGUCGCCGUACGAUUACCCCUACACGCUGGCCCCUGCCACCUCCAUCCUGGAGUACCCCAUCGACUCCAGCGGGGUGUUAGGUGCAGUGACUACUAAGGUUCGAAGGCACGAGCUGCGGGUCCAUCCUUACCAAAGGAUAGUGACCGCAGACAGAGGUUAGUUUAGCUCUUAUGCAUUUGUGUUUUAUUGCCAAUGCCUGCUCACUGUUGGUCCUGAUCUGUUUUGCAACAUGUACAAAUUGUUCAGCUAGUCGUUCCGGUUUGUGAUGUGAUGCAACAUACUGCACACCCUUCCUAGUCUUGGCCUCUGAGAAACAUUUAUUUGGAAUACAUUUGUUCUCAGAGUGCAUACGUGGAGGGCUGUACAAGGUGAUUCUGAGAACUAGUGACCACAACACAGUAGCCUAAUGAUGCUUUUGCUAUCUAGGUAGAGACACAAACUUACACACAAACUACUCGACUCUAUUAUUUCGAUGACUUUAUGCAUCUGACAUGAUGUCGAUGACAAAUAAUGGACUAUACCCCUUCAACAACAAAAAAAAGAAGAUCAAAUUACCUGUGUUUUAGUUUCCCCCUCCGUUCAACGAGAAGGUUUCAAUUUUAUUUCAAAUGCACUUAAGUCUUCAGCUUCUUACGUGGAUAAUGUAACGUUUUAAUUGAUAAAUUAUGUCCAUUUGUGUUUAUUUGUUUGCGGGAAUUUUUUUUUUGAGAAUCUGACCCAUUGUAUUGUCAAGGACAACACAGAAGUGGUUGUAAACACGUCAUGUCAUAUUUGGGGGGUUUUCACUGUCUAAUUGGACUGCAGUAUCUUCCCAUUUUUGCUACAGUAUUUUUUUUAAGUCUCAACAACGACGUUAUAAGUAAAGAGGGAUGGACACAUGGUAGGCUAUAGACUGGAAAUGGUUUUAUUCUGCAGAUUGGUAAAACAAGCACAACAGUCAGACCUUUUACUCUCUAAAGUCUACACAUGUCACACCUUCUCUUCUAAGUCCAUACAGAACAGAUACUCCCACUGAAUAUUGAGAAUAAUCGAGGUCGUAAUUAGAGAAGAAACCAUUUGUGAAAUGACGCAAGCAACAAGGAAUUUGCAGGAUCUGUUCUCUAUCAGUGCCUUUUCUCUGUUUUAUCCUUAUACCCUAGUGCUUAAUACACCAAGUGUGCCUUGUACAUACACCCACACUGUGUAUCAUCACAUUUCACUACAGAUAAUUACUUGUACACAAUCAAGUGAAUGUUUGCAAUGUGCCAGAAAAUAGGAUGCAAAUGCCAAUUAAAAACUGCCGACAUGCAGACAUUGUUUGAUAAAUCAACCUACAUUUUAGUACAUACAUUGAAGUUGAAAACCCAGUGAAAUUGAUUAAAUUGUAAUAUUGUUUAUAUAACUCCAAUUCAUGAAUCACUUUUUUUUGCUGCUAGAUGAUGUGGAACAAUUAACAUAUAUAAUUAACAGUAUAUACAAACUGGGUCUAAGGAUAUUCAGGUUUCGGCACUGUAGCUCUGUCUGUGAAUUGCCUCUGAAAACUUGAUAGCUCAAAUCUGCCCUAAAACAAAUAAAUUAAUAUAAAAAUAACUGUAAUAUGGCGUUACUUAAGAAGUGCAUAUUAUACAAAGGGUAUUAUUACUAAAAGGUCAAACCUUAAUCCAUAAUGAUAAUAAAUGAUAAUUAUGGUAACGGAUAGGUAACACUGACAAAUUUAAUGACAAACCAACAUCCGAUGAAAUUGCACAAAGGCCUAUAUUCAAUCUACCUCUUCAUAGGUUUGGCUCCCACACUGAUGAACAGUUUUACACCAUUAAAACGUUGGUUUAUCCAAACAUGACGGUAAUACAACAUAAUAUGAUUGACGUGUCAGUGCGGUUUGGGGGUUGAACCAUGAGGCAGGUGGAUUGAGUGCAGGCCAAACGGUCAAGCCUGUGUGUAAGAGGCAGACUGACUCUGGGUGAAGCAGGGAGGAAGCUAAGAUGGCGUCUGAAAUGUGGGCCUUUUUAUCAGCUCAUAUUGGCAAAGAUGUUGAACGGUCUCAAAAUAGUAAAUACACUAUCAAAUAAGUACAUCAAUUGGGGUCUAGAGAUUUACAGUGCCUUCAGAAAGUAUUCACAGCCUGAAUUUAAAAUGAAUUAAGUUGAGAUGUUGUGUAAGGUGAUGUAGACAACACCCCAUAAUGUCGAGCUGGAAUUGUUUUUAGAAAUGUUUACAAAUUAAAAAUGAAAAGCUCAAGUCUUGAAUCAGUAAGUAUUCAACCCUUUUGCAUAGUAAGCCUAGUGAUAAUAUGCUUAACAAGUCACAUAACAAGUUGCAUGGACUAUGUGUGCAAUAGUAGUGUUUAACAUGAUUUUUAAAUGACUACCCCAUCU